GAUAUUAUAUUUUAUAUUAUUAUAUUAUGUAAUGAUAUAAUAUAAUAUUAUAGAUUGUAAUAUUAUAUUUUUUAAUUUAAUUUAAUUCGGAAAUAUUUUUUCCUUUAUCUAAUUUUUACCUAAUAUUUUUUUAUUUACCUAAUAUUUAUAGUUUAUUAAUUAUUUAUCUAAUAUUUAAAGUUUUAUUUACCUAAUAUUAAAAUGUGAUGCAGAGAAUUAUUUUUUGAGGAGUGUGCAAAUAAUUUUGAUUGUAUGGUCACAUCUAAGGCAGUAGGUUUUUUAGCUUUUUAUUACAAAACAUUGAUUUAACACUGGACAAAGCUGCCAACUUCAUUGAAAUCAUUCAAUAAUUCAAUAAGCCAGCCUGUUGUUACUGCUCAAAUAUUCACUUUUUUGCUGAGAGGACGUUUUUCUGCAAAUCCAUUAAGUAGAGAAAGCAAUCUGCAUCAAAUAUUCAAGCCUGUUUUCACUGCUGAAAGAUGACUUCUUUUGUGAGAGGACGAUUCUGCAAAUCCAUUAUUUGGAAAAAUCAAAUGCAUCCACUAUUCAUGCAUGUUUUUACUGCUGAAAGAAUCACUUUUUUGGUGAGAGGACGAUUCUGCAAAUCCAUUAAGUGAAGAAAGCAAAUGCAUCCACUGUUCAAGCACAGUGUUUUCUUUUGAAUUGUGUCCUUAUAAGCAGCAUUUUGUGUUCUUCAUUAUGCACCAAAACCAAAUCAGAAAAACAAACACUACAAACUCUCCCUCAUAUUAUCAAUCUGCCUUGUGAGAAAAUCCUAGCCGAACACGAAAAUCAUAAAAAAACACACACUUCAAAAACAAAGAUGGACGGAUACGUAAACGUUAAUUUCUUCUGGGGAGGUGAAAUCAUAAAACAAGAUAACGAUGUUCUCUACACCUUAGAUCCGAAAGAAAUGAUGUAUGUGAAAUUGAGCAGCUCACUUGAAGAACUACGAGAUAUGGUGUUCGGGUUGAUGCAUAUAAGUAGGCAUCAUUGGGAUGUCAAGCUUAGUGUGAAAUAUCCUCGAAUCGGGGUUAGUAACCUCGUUUCGGGGUUCUUUGUGAAGUCUGUUAAAUCGGACGACGAUGUUCGUAGGAUGUUAAGUAUCCCCGAGAGAUUUCACUUGGGUGGAGACGUAUCAUUGUUUAUCGAGGCCGAGAGUAUUGCUCAACCCAGCCAACACUAUGGAGGCGAGUAUGGGGGGAACUAUGGACAAACCGGACAAACUGCUGCAGGUGGCCAAGUUUCAAAUUAUGUUGAAAACUACGGUGGGAGUUUUCAACAUAAUUUCAGAGAUUCACACAUGCCUACUGGAUAGACCCACGCAGGACCACCGCAAAAUUUCAGCAAAAAUGAUUGGCUAUGUGGUUGCUCCCUACAUCUCCCAGACCCCUCAAUUGAAGGUAAGCAACAUCAUCACAAUGGUCAAUGAUGAGUACCACCAUUUGGUUAGUUACUUGAAAGCAUGGAGGGGGAAGAUGGCCGCCAUGGAAAGCGUUUAUGGAAGCUGGAAGACAACCUACAACGAGCUCCCUCGGUUUCUUAAUGUCAUGGCCAGUACAAAUGUCGGAAGUAUAGUUGUGGUUGAGGUUGUUCCACAUCAUAAAGAGAGGGGUACAUCGACAUUUGUUCGUGCAUUUUGGUGCCUAAAAGCAAUGAUUGAUGGUUGGCAGUAUGCACGGCCAGUUAUUUCCAUUGAUGGUACAUUUCUUAAGGGAAAGUAUAAUGGGAAAUUGCUGGUCGCGGUGGGAGUCGACUCUAAUAACCACCAAUAUCCCAUAUGCUUCGCCCUUGUUGAUGAGGAAACAACUGAAAAUUGGUCUUGGUUUCUACGUCUUUUACGUAGACAUGUAUGCCGAGAUAGAUUGGGGGUUUGUAUUAUAUCUGACCGUGCGACGGGGAUCCUUGCUGCAAUGAAUGACGAAGCGAGUGGUUUUACCCCGCCGAUGGGCUAUCACAGAUUCUGUCUCCAUCAUGUUAGGAGCAACUUCUCCAAGGCAUUCCCGGGAAAGGACCUUAAAAUGUACAUGUGGCUAGCCGGCAAUACGCCACAGAUUAGGAAAUAUGAUGCGUACAUGAAGAAGAUUGGAGAGCUUUCGCCUCAAGGCUUGAGGUGGUUGCUAGGGAUAAGUCCAGCCCUCUGGACUAUUUGUCAUGACACAGGCCACGCUCGUUUCGGCCAAGCUACCACAAACAUCACGGAGAGCUUUAAUGGUAACGUGCGCGUGGCUCGGCACCUACCUGUGACCGCAAUGAUUGAAUUCAUGUUUUAUAAAACUGUUAGGACGGUCAAUAAGGAGAGGAACGCAGUGCUUGAGGGCAUUGGGGAGGGUCAUGAACUUUGUCUAAGGACGAGAAAUAAGUUGGAGAAGAUUGCAGCCAAAGCUAACACACACCGGGUCGAGACAUUUAAUAGAGGAACCGGUUUGUUCUCCGUAAAGACGCAAAGGUACAUGGUAAAAGGGUGCAAUAAGGGCGGGAACACGCAGGUGGUUGACAUAAUUCAGCUAAACAAUAAUCCAUUCGCCUAUAAAUAG